AUGACCAAGAAAGACGACGCCGCGAAGGCCGCCGCGAACAAGGCCGACAUGGAGCGGCGCAUCCGCGCCAAGGUCUCGUGCGACAAGGCGGCGUACUCGAUCCAGUGGCGGCUGCUCGAGGGCGCCGUCGACGAGGGCACGCUCAGCGUGGCGGCGCAGAUUUUGCAGCCGCACCACUACGACGACGUCGAGACGGAGCGAGCGCUGGACGGGCAGUGCGGCAACCCGCGCUGCGCCGGCAAGCUCCCCAAGCCUGACGGCCGCUCCCGUGGCCGCUACCACUUCUCGGUCGCCGAUAAGAGGGUGUACGACAGCGAGGGGCUGCGUCGAUUCUGCGGCAUCGAGUGCGCGCGCACCUCGCGCGAGUACGCGGCGGGGCUCUCCGUCACCGCGCUCCACCUCCGCGAGGGCGAGGCGGCUGCGCUCGCUCGAAUUGCCGACCCGCUCGGCGAGGGGCCGCGCGCCUACAUGAAGGUGUACGCCGACCUGGCUCGCGCCGAGGCAGAUGCCUCCGACGCACUGCGUGCGGCGGGCGUGGUCCGCUCGCCGGUGGAGGGCCUGCCUGUCUCGGUCAAGGACCUGUUUGACGUCGGCGGCGAUUUUGCCUUUGGCGGCAUCGGGACGAACCCGCACUUUGGCACGCCCGCCAACCCGCACGACCGCGGCACCGGGCGCAUCCCGGGAGGCUCGAGCUCGGGCGCCGCCGUCGCGGUCGCGGACGGGCUCUGCGUGAUGGGGCUAGGCUCCGACACGCGCGGCUCCGUCCGCAUCCCCGCGGCGCUGUGCGGCGUGACCGGCUUCAAGCCGACGCAGUCGCGUGUGCCGCGAGAGGGCGCCUUCCCUCUCUCGUACACGCUCGACUCGGUCGGCCCGCUCGCCCGCUCCGUCUCCUGCUGCGCCGUCUUCGACGCCAUCCUCGCGGCGGACGGCCAGCCGGCGGACGCACGCGCGCCAGAGCCGGCGGCGCUGCCCUCGCUCCGCCUCCUCGCGCCGCGCUGCUUCGCGCUGGACGACCUCGACCCGCCCGUCGCCGCGGCCUUCGAGCGCGCCCUCGCCGCGCUCUCCGCCGCGGGCGCCCGCAUCUCCACCGCCGACGCCCCGUGCCUCGACGCGGCGCACGCGCUCUUUGCGGGCGGCGGCUUCGCGGGCGCAGAGGCGGCGCAGAUCCACCGGGCGCUGCUCAAGACGAAGCGGGAGCUGUACGACCCGAACGUCGCCAAGCGCAUCGAGGCGGGCGAGGGCUUCUUCAGCGGCGCCGACUACGUGCAGCUCGGGCUCGACAGGCGGGCGGUGAUCGGCGAGGCGGCGGAGCUGCUCUCGCAGUACGACGCGGUGCUGCUGCCCACCACGCCGAGCGUCGCGCCGACCAUCGAGGAGGUGUCGGUGUCGGGCGACGAGUACGCGAGGUGGAACCUGCGCAUGCUGCGCAACCCCGGACUCAUCAACAUGAUCGACGGCUGCGCGGUCUCGCUCCCCUGCCACUCGCCGGGCGAGGAGGCGCCGAUUGGGCUGAUGGUUGCCGGCGUGGGCGGCUCGGACCGGAGGGUGCUCGCCGUCGCGCGCGCCAUCGAGGAGUCGCUCGCGGCGCGGGCCGAGCUGCUUAUCCUCGCUGCCCGCGAGGCGGGUCUCUGGCGCGUGCCUGGCGGGCUCAGCCUGCUGCUCCGGCUCGCGCCGACGUGCCGAGCGCUUUCGAGGCUCGGCGAGCGGUUUUGGCGUCGAGCGGUGCUGGGCCAUCUCUGCUGGGACGAGCGCACGCGAGUGAGGUUUGGUCGAACAUGGCACGAGACCGCGUGCAUCCUCGUGUGCGGCUCGCGUCGGCCCGGAGCCGCGGCAUGCCGAGCCGUGGUUGACGGCGGCACCCUCGAGAGAGCGGCGCUCGGCCUGCUCGAGAGAGGCCAGCUCUCUCGCCUGUCUGCCGUCUCGUGCCGCGAUCUGUCUCCGGCCGACUUUGACGCGCGCUUUGGCGCGGCGCGCAAGCCGGUGCUGCUGCGCGGUGCAUGUGCCACCCGCUGGACCUUCGCAGAGCUGCGCACACGCUUUGCAGAGCGCAAGUGGCACAUCAACGACUGGGAGCGCGGCGGCUGCGACGUACGACUCUCCCUCGGCUCGUUCGAGGAGUACGUGCGGCGGCUCGCGGACAAGGACGCCGAGCCCCUCUACCUCUUCGACUCGUCGCCGCCGGCCGCGCUGCUCGACUGCCUGAGCCGCCCUUCGGAACCGGGGCAGGUGGUCUACGUGCCUCACGGCUGGUGGCAUCUCGUGGUCAACCUGACAGAGAGCGUGGCGUUCCAAGGCGCGUCCGCCGCGGCUUGCGCCGACUAUGCCCCUCGCUUCGCGGCGUGGAUCCGCGCGAAACUCCGCGCGCAGGCGCAGAUGGAGGGCGAGGGCGGGUAG